AUAUAGAUAUAGAUAUAGAUAUAGAUAUAGAUAUAUUGUUAUAUUAAAGCAUAUUAAUAGAUCUUCUUGAUUGGAGAAGGAUGGACAAACCUAAAGAUAUUGGUUAUCAAGUUUCUGGGAAAAAGAAUGAGGUUGUUAAUGAUGAAAAGCCUGAUGUUCAAAAAAAUUUAGUAAUUGCUUUAUCUUCUUCUUCUUUAUCAUCAGAAUCCUCUGCAUCAGAUGAAGAUUUUAAUCAAAAUAAUCAAGAUGAAAUAGAUUAUGCUGAUGUUACUAAAAGCAUCCUUACUUCUAAUUCACAACCUGGUCAGUCAUGGAACUACUUUCUUCCAGGGGUACCUGUUAGGAUUAUCAUAAAUGAGUUUUUAUUUCAGCCCUUAUCACAUCGAAUGAAUCCAAAUUUAUAUAUAAUUAAGGUUCAACAUGGUGAAUUUAAAUGGUUAUUACGAAGACGAUAUAAUCAUUUUCGAGCGUUACAUACUCAUUUAGAAUUGAGCUAUGCUGCUCUGCUUGUCCAACAUCCUAAUUUAGCUAGUCGUAGAGAAAAAGUUCCAAAGUUUCCGCAUCGUCCUGAUAUUUUAAUUUCUUCAAAUAAGAAAGAAAAACGCAUGAAAAAACUGCAAAGAUUUUUGCAGAAAGUUGUUGAUGACGACAAACUAAGAUGCGAUAGGCAUACACUAGAUUUUUUAGAAGUUUGUCAUCUAUCAUUUAUCAAAGACAUUGGUAUGAAAAGCAGAGAAGGAGAAGUGUUUAAAAAAGCUGGUGGUCACACUUUUUCAAAAAGUUUAAUAGGAAGAAUGAAAUUAAAUACUAUUUGGAACAAAAGAUGGAUGGUUGUUAAAGACAGUUUUUUGACAUACAUUGACAAAGAAAAUCACAAAGUACGAGAUGUUAUGUUAUUUGACAAAAAUUUUACAGUUACUUGUGAUAAAGAUCGUACUGGGAUAGGUCACGGUCUUUUAAUAUCCAACAAUUCAAGAAAUUUGUUGAUAAAAUGUGUAUCAAGUAGACAGUCUACCGAAUGGAUGAAUGAAAUAGUACAAAAGAUGGGAGGUGUUGGUAGUGAUUGGAUUAGAAACCAUCACAAUGAUUCAUUUGCACCAUUAAGGCGUAACAGCUGGGGAAAGUGGUUCAUUGAUGGUUCUGAUUAUUUUAAGGAAGUUGCAGAUGCAAUAAGUAAAGCUAAAGAAGAAAUAUAUAUUGCUGAUUGGUGGUUGUCUCCUGAGCUUAUACUAAAAAGACCUAUAACACACCCUGAGAAAUGGCGAUUGGAUAUGUUAUUAAAAGAACGAGCAUCUAAAGGGGUUCAAAUAUAUAUAUUACUUUAUAAGGAAAUAGAGAUGACUCUUCCGAUCAAUAGUUUAUACACAAAAAAGACCUUGUUAUCUUUGCAUGAAAAUAUUAAGGUCUUAAGACACCCUGAUCAUAUUUCAGCUGGGAAUGCAACAUUGUUUUGGGCACAUCAUGAGAAAAUUGUUUGUAUAGACCAAAAGAUUUGUUUUUUAGGAGGAUUAGAUUUGUGUUUUGGCAGGUGGGAUGAUAGUUUUCAUAGGAUAACUGAUUUUGGAUCUGCUACUCCAAGCUUUAAAAGGAAAAAUGAUAAUGUUAUUCGCAAUUCUUCGGAUUUAAAUUGUUUCACUCAAAGUUAUAAUAGUAUGCAGCAGAUUGCAGUCACUAACUUUGCUGGUGCUAAGAAUUUUAUAGGAAAAGAUUAUUCGAACCCUUAUGUCAAAGAUAUCACAGAAGUUGAUAAACCAUUUACUGAUUCAAUUAAUAGAAAUCUAAUCCCAAGAAUGCCAUGGCACGAUAUAGGAGCACUUUUUAUUGGCAGUCCUGCUCAAGAUGUUGCUAGGCACUUUAUACAGCGAUGGAAUUUAACAAAGCAUGAAAAAGCUAAAGAAGAUCUCUCUAUUCCGUUUCUGUUACCAAAAUCUCUAAUUUCUGAAAAAGAUCCAGAAAGAUUUUCAGAUCUUAUAAACUGCGAUGUUCAAAUUCUUAGAUCAUGUUCUUUGUGGUCAACUGGUGAUCGAGUGGAAGAAUGUUCCAUAUAUACUGCUUACUUAGAACUUAUUAAGAAUUCCAAAUAUUACAUAUACAUUGAGAAUCAAUUUUUUAUAUCUUCUCUUCCAGAAGAUAAUGUUUUCAAUAAAAUUGCAGAUGUACUUGUCGAAAGAAUCCUCUAUGCUUACUAUAACAAAGAAGUCUUUCGUGUUUACAUUUUGAUGCCACUGUUACCUUGCUUUCCAGGUGAAAUAGGCACAUCUAGCGCAACCUCUAUGUUAUAUGUUGAAUCUUGGAACUUAAAGUCUUGUAAUAAAGUUAUUAAUCGUCUUAAGGCAGCAGGAGUUCAUGAUCCAUCACCAUAUAUAAGUUUUUAUUCUCUAAGGAGCUAUGCUAAUCUAGCUGGAAAACUGGUGAGCGUACCCGUCUACAUUCAUAGCAAGCUUCUAAUUGUUGACGACUCUGUUGCUGUGAUAGGAUCAGCUAACAUCAAUGAUCGAAGCAUGCUAGGUUCAAGGGAUUCAGAAAUUGGUGUAUGUAUACAAGACUAUAAAUUUAUUGAUGGCAUCAUGAAUGGUUUAAAGGUCAAAGUUGGUCAAUUUGCUUCCAGCUUGCGCAAAAAAUUAUUUCAAGAACACCUUGGUUUACUUAAUCAGCCUGUUGGAAAUGUUUUGGAUCCCAUAAGUGACCAUUUUUACAAUAAGACAUGGAAACAGAGAGCUGUUAACAAUAGUGAAAUUUAUGAAAAGGUAUUCAAAUGUUUUCCGUCAAAUAAAGUUGAAUCGUUUGCCAAGCUUGAUGAAUAUAAGAAAAACUCUAUGUGUGAAAUCGAUAGUGAACAAGCUGAAUUAUUGUUAAAAGAUAUACUUGGAUUUCUUGUAAUCAAGCCGCUUAAUUUUCUAUGUAAUCAAAACUUAACACCUGCAGCAGGAACAAAUGAGGCAUUAGUACCUGCUAAAGUAUUCACUUGAAUUAAAAUAUGUUUUUACAAAAUAAUAGUUGUGUUUUAAGAAUCCACUUUUAUCUCAGUUUAUUUUUGUUGUUUAUUUUUUUAUUUAAUUUUUUUUCUUCUUGACUUAUCAAGUCGUUUUUUUUUUAAACCUUUGACUUAUUAAGUCGUUGUUUUUAAACCUUUGACUUAUCAAGUCGUUGUUUUUAAACCUUUGACUUAUCAAGUCGUUAUUUUUAAACUUUUGACUUAUCAAGUAGUUGUUUUUAAACCAUUGUCACUUGAUUACAAUCUUUUAUAUCUAUAUUUUUCCAUGAUCACAACCUUUAAACCUAUGUUUUUUUCAUGAUCAUAAUGAUAGCCUUUAAGGCAAAAAAGACUUUUAAUUGUAAUUUCUAGUAUUUUAAAUAUUUUAUAAAUUAUUUUAUAACGUUAGAAUUUGUAUGAAUUGUUUUAGGGAUUGUGUUGUAUAUAUUUUUGAGAUGUUUUUUUUUCAAAAACUU